GAAAGUUGUCUGACAGCUGCUGGCCGACCCGGAACACUAAUCAAAAUUGUUUUACUUCAGCCUGGACAAUUUCCCCGCAAGUCAAAAGAACAAACAUCCAAUUAUAUCUUGUAUUGUGGUCCAGGUGUGUGUUUGAUCGCUGCACGAUGCACGUCGUAAGUAAGUCUUGGGGAUGGACGAGAGUGAGGACGAGGACGAGGGUGAGCAGGAUGAGGACGAGGACGAGGAUGAGGAUGAGAUACACGAGGGACAUCAGAUGCAGUCGUAGCCGCAGUCAUCCUCAUCCUCAUCCUCAUCAAACUCAAACUCAAACUCAUACCCAUACAUUCCCUCUCCCACUCCCAUUCUCCUCACGACCACCUCCUGCAGUUGCUCGGUUCCGUGAAGGAAUCUUGUUGACAAGGGAUCUGAGCGGUAACACCCAAGAAAAACCAUAUUUGUGGCUUGCUCGUCACAUCACAUAAACCUCACCUCCUAUUUUGCUUCUAUUCCGGAAGGAAGAGAACUCCAGUCGAGGCAAGACAAGACAUGAGUCAGAUUUAUUUCUUCUUCUUCUUCCACGACUCAAUUGCUUCUACGAUUGUCUCAAUUCCUCUUUACUACACAAAUAUGCGAUUAACUUUAGGAAAACUCAAUUGAAACUUGUUCAGAAACAGACAAUAGGAGACCGUUUUCAAAUUCACUGUCUGCCGCAUGCGGUACAAAUAUGAUGAUAAAGAUCAUGUAGGAUCGGGAUUUUGUACAACACGCUCUAAUUAAUUUCGGAGCGGACGCAUCAAUAACACACACAAGCCAUGAGUACACACGUUGCUGAAGUCUUCAGAAAUCAUGUAACAAUGGACGACAUUUCCAUUAAUUCUCAAUCCGCGCAAAUCUCGAGUUCGAGGAGAGUUUCGAUGGAGGAAUACUACAAACAAAAUAAUGAAUCUUCCGAUCAGAUACAGGAACCGGAAGUGGAGGAGGAACCAGAGGAAGAAUCGGAACAUGAGCCAGAGAUGGAGAUGGAGGACAAAUCCACAAAUUCGCUGUCAAUGGCAGAUCCUCUACUUGAUUCUCCUCCGUCUUACGAUGCUUCCGUUCGAUCCCAAAAUAUGCGAAAUCGUUUAAAUAUACAACCUCGAGAAGAUGAAGGGAGAGAAAUCCUCCCAGGUUAUUCUGCUGGUAUAAGUUUGGAGAAUGUGUUCAUGAGGAAAAUGGAGAUGCAGGGCGCGAUACACAGAGCUUCGGAUAGGAAUUGGUAUCGAGUAUACGCGACAUUACAAGGAACACUUUUGACUUUUCACAAGGCCAAAGGCUCGGGGGUCUUUGGUUUGGAGCUUGGGGAUCGAAAGAGUACACCGGAUUUACCUGCUGGUACAAAACGUGGAAAUUUGUUGGGAAGCUACAAUUUACAGCAUGCUGAAGUUGGCAUUGCUGCAGAUUACGUGAAGAAACACUAUGUCAUUCGAGUCAGAGCAGAAGCAGAUCAGUUUCUUCUGUCUUGCGUGAAAAUCGAAACAUUCGUCACCUGGCUUCAAUCACUCUUCACAGCUAUCAACCUUUCUAUGCCUCUCGAUGAACGACAAAUACCACGAGAUCAAUCUAUCCCACGAUCACGAAGACGAAGAAGAAGGGAACCCAGAGAGGUACAGGUCAACGAUGAACUUAUUCGAGCCCAAGAAGAACUCAUCCGAACACAUUAUCCCAACUUCGCAAGUUCGAAUACUCCCGAAGGUAGAGCUAUCACCACUUCCACUCGACCAUCCACGGCUCGACCCUCAACCCAAUCAUCUGCACCUCACACAUCACGCACCCCCGGUGAAUGCAUCAACGAAGCCGAAGCCGCGCUGGAUGCCCUUCGAGAUAUGGGUCUUAUAAACAGCCGAUCGCGUCGUCAUCGUACACUUCGACGCACACCAAACCCGAACCCCUCCCACUCUUUCUGUCCCGAAACGGGAAAAUGGCGCCCAGAACAUGCGUGGUCUCCUCGAUACGAUAUGAUAUAUGCCAAAAAAUGCAUGGCGAUCCUCACAAGCCGCUCACCUCGAAAAUCAAAUUACUUAAUCAUGAAAGGAAAACAAUGGAUUGUGGAUUGGAGUACCGGCUCAUUAACCAGAUGUGAACCUCCGGAAUAUGGAGAGGAGUAUUGUGGGAGUUGGAAAAUCAGCCAUAAUGGUACGCCGGUCAAGGCUUGAAUUAUAGAAUUGGGAUGGAGUUUUUUACUUCUUUUCAUUUGUUAGGUUGGGAGUAAUGGAUGGGUUUAUACUGGAUGGGCAAAAUUGGCGUUUCAAAUAUACAGAUCUCUUUGGUUUCGGAUGAACCGCUUAAAGAUACUACAGAUACCAGGACGGGAACAUGGGAUAUGAAUUGAGGUGUUUCUGGAGCGUAGACGUUUUCUUUAUGCGUUUGUAUUGUUAUAUAGUACGCAACCGACGAUUGCAAGGUCUUUCAUAUAAUACUUUAUACUUUAUCGUUUUAAUGUCCUGGACUUGAUGAAGACCA